AUGUAUGUUACCCACCUUUGUUUUUUUUUUUCUUUUUCUUUUUCUUCUCUACGGAUGUGUGCAUGGGGUUUGGCUUUUGGCGUCACGAUUCGAAUGAAGAGAGCAUUGUGCAACGUGGUGCCGCAGCCGAUGGUCGGAGUCUUUACCGGCGCCGAUGAAAGUGAUGGUAGCCCCAUUGAAGUGGCAUCUCACUUUUUUACGGGCGUAAACGACCCGCGCGUUGGAACAAUGGACUUUUCUUUAGAUGGGCAGUAUUUUAUUUCUUCCCAUGCAGAUGAUGCGCUUCGACUGAUUGAUGUUUUGACGAUGCGACACAACGAAACAAUUCAGUUAGAGGCGUUUGGUGUGCACUGUGCAAGGUUCACACAGUCUAGCGAUGUGGUUUGUGUGGCCCCCCGGUACAGUAGCGAUGGACACUUGUACCUUUUGAGUCUCACAUCGGCCCAGUUGUUUGCUGCAAUGGCCUUUGUGAGUGAUGACGUGCCGGAGCUGCGGGCCGUUAGCAACACACCGGUGUACUCAACGAUUUCCCAGUGUCCCCAAAGCGACGUGAUUGCCUCCGUAUUUUCGACGCAGGGUCGUCUGCUGUUGUUUCACCCCUUAAUCUCUGGAGCGAUCGCGGCAUCUGGUGAACGAACGGUGAUGGGUAACAGGGCCACCGUAUCAUUCAGCCCUGAUGGAACAAAACUUGUCGUUGGGGACGACUGCCGGGUCCGCGUCUUUGAUUACCGGAAAAUGUUUUCAUCGCCAUUAGCUUCCUUGGAUAACAAAGCAAUUUUCACGGAGUCGGGUGCGGCUUCGCGCUGCAAAGGAGCUGAGGUGGCCGCUGACGGAUCCCAUUUGUUGCUCACAUCUUUUGGAGGGGAGGCGGUUGUGUAUGCCUUGCAACUUGGACUGGUGUCAUGCUCAUACUUUCACAACGUGGCGCGCCGACAUUUCAUAGGCGCCGGCGACGCUGUUGGUGCAAAAUUUAUGUUUCCAAAUAUUACAGGUUCUAUUGUGGUGCAGUUAUCCACGUACAUGAAUGCGGGGCGACACCUACUGGUGUACGAUGGUUACGACGGACAGUUUUCCGGGUCGUGUCGGCGCGGCGCCCUCAAGUACGAACUGCAGUGCAAAGAUAGCGACGUUCCUGUCGCUUUGAGUGUCAACUCAAAAUAUGCACUUCUGGCGACCGCGGCGCGAGGCGUGACGUGGUGGUCCUUCAACUUGUAG